AUGGAUUCGAUGGAUUUGGACAGUUCGCAAGAAUAUUUGGAUGCCAUGGCUCCCCCAACUGGCAUGGAAUACCGCAAACCUGCGGUAUUGCCAAACGAGCUAUUUACACAUGCCGGAAUCUUCUUUGAAGAAAAACUUUAUACAACAGGAUUGUCUCUCUUAUUGAAUACCCUCGCCUCGGGCACCUACGCCUCCAACAAAGCCAUCAUACCCGUCCCACAGCAUAUUGCUCUGUGUGUCACUUUUCUCGUCCAUCCAUCCACUACCACCCGUGCCAGAGUCGCCGAAGAACAAAAUGCGUCGAACCUGGCACUGCGCCUAUUGCGACUACUCGCCACUUUAGUCAAUCCUGAGGAUUGCAGGUUGGGUGACGCAUUUAAAUUCGCGGAAAGAGCGUCCCGAUCUGGUCGUCUACACGAAACGAAUGAUCAUGAGGGUGGCCGCCCAACUGAUAAACCGCUAGGUCUGCCGAUGGGUACAGACGACUCACUAUGGUCUCGAGCAGAGGACUUCUGGCAUGCUGUUGGAUGGGCAUUCAAUUGCUCAGUACUUUACCCUGAGCGAUGGGAACGAUGGCAGAUCUGGUUGCAGUAUAUGUGUGAUAUCAUGCAGGAUGACUGGACAGCACGAGUGGAGAAAUGUGAUAAGAGAAAGGAGGCAAGAAAUAAUGAGACGGAAAGCAAUGGACAAGAGAAUACAAGAGAUAAAAAGAAUAAGUGUGAAAAGGAGGAUCUGGAUAUCUUCUGUGAAAGCUUGAUUUUCCAGUUCAUUGCUUCGGGUUCUCUCUCCGGACGAAAUCGCAGAGUUCUCCGGGCUAUCUUUGCAGAUGGGGGUGUCAAGUCCGUCAAUGAAUUUGGACAGGUGUUCAAGAACGAGCUCAAGUCCUCGCGCACGCCGGAACAGGCCAAGAAAAGAGAUCGAGAGGUCAAUAUUGAAAUGGAAGAGUACGGUGACUACCUAGCUCAAGAUGAGUCGGACGAGGAACUGAACGGGGUUAAUGAUUCGGCUUCGAAUCGUGACUCCAGCUCCAAACCUCGAAAGUCAAAACGUACGAGACGAGGGACCAGAUCCGCCGGGAAGGGAACUACUUCGCAACCUACAAAUGAAGAGACAUCUUUACCGCACAGUGAAGUAGGACUUGCGCCAAUGGGUGGUUUAGGUGCUCUGAAACUGCGCAAACAGCUCCUCGCCAUUCUGUCCAAUGUCUCUGAACGACUUCCUUACCAGUUCAUGCAGUGGUAUGACCUCUACGACCUGUUCGUGGAGAACAUCAGCCAGCUCUCCCUCCCAAUCUUCCAGGCUAUAGUUAGCCCAGCCAUUCUUCCAGUUCUAUCAGCAGCCGCGCAGACAACGCUUUGCGAAAAGUUACUCUUCCUAUUACGGGAGAGUUCUGCACGGAGCUCAGAUGAAGAGUUUCUCACUCAGUCGAAAUUGGAAGAAUGUUUUCUUCCCUACGCGGCAGCUUCAAAUACUGCUGUUAAUCAUAUCAAGAUUUCAAUACUUCUGGAAUCAGUCAUUAUGCUUUUGGCUUCUAGUGAGCUGAUUGUCAUGAGACCCUCUUUCAAAGAAGCCGUUGUAUCUGGUAUCAACCAUCGAGCAGAUCGGGCACAGGAUGAGUUCCGGCGCAACCAGGCUAGUCGAGAUAAUGAACCGCUUGAAUGGUGUUGGUUGGUCGAAAGUGGGGAGAGAUUGAUGUAUCUUGUUGAGAUUUUGAGUCUGAAUGAGCCAAAUUCAAGUUGA